ACUUCCCGGAACAGCUACUUACAGAGAUUUGUCGGCCAAAUCCCCCACUGUGCCCGCAGAAUGGACGCCAAGUGGGUGUCUCUCUCUGUGACUGUGUUGACAUCGCUGGUCCUGUCCUCCAGGGCGUGUGUGCUGAACGUGACAACGCCUGAGGUAGUGAUUGGAGCAACGGCCAACGUGUCGCUGGAAUGCUUCAACCCCCACCCCACACUGGACGUUUCCGAAGUCAUCCUUUUGAGAAUACUGAAAUACGACCAUGCCGAGUGGAACAGCCUGGCUGAAUUCCGCGGGGGUGUCGCGGAAGUCAGACAGCGGUCCAAAGAUGAGUUUUUGGCUGAGGGCAGAAUCGGCUCGAUCGCUGAGAGUUUUCUGCGGGUCACGUGGCCUGUGGCGACCAACGACACGAUCGGACAGUUUCGCUGUGACUUCCUGGGCUUCACUGUCCAAGAGAAUGUGAUGUGGCUGAAAAGCCCACCCGUCUUGAUCAGGGAAAAAAGAGCUCUCACUGUUGAGCUUCUGGGGGAGAUCGUGGAGGAGAAGGAGAGAGAAGCGCUUGAGAACAUGCACUCACAGAAGCAAGAUCUCCUGGAGAACAUAACGGCCACAGUGGAGGCGGUGGAAGCGGACUUAGGGAGCCAGUUAAAGAGACAGCUACAGGUGGUGAGGCGCUCAGUGGAGGAGAACAAGAGAGAGGGUGUCCAGCAACUUCACCAACAGAGACGAGACAUUGCCCGGAACACUUACUCUACCAUACAGGCUCUCCAGGCGACGUGGGAGGUGAAGCUCAAGGAGAAGGAGAGAGAGAGUGUGGACAGAUUGCGAGACUUCGGCCACACAACGACGGCGGCCAUUGACGCUCUACGGGUAGCCAUGGAGACCAAGAUGGAAGGCCAGCUGCAGGGCAAGUACGAGCUCAGGAUCGACAUGCAGUUCCAAGGCAAUGACUACCACGCCAGCUACGAUCACUUCUCUCUGGCUGGAGAAAACCUCAACUACAGAAUCAUGUUCUCCGGAUUCUCAGGCAAUGUCAAGGACGAGAUGGUUGUCCACAACGGGCAAGCCUUCUCCACCAAAGACCGGGACAACGAUUUAGCUCAUGGUCCCGACUCCUGGGGUAGAGGGGACUGCGCCAAAGGCUACCACGGAGCGUGGUGGUUCAACGCUUGCCAUAACGCCCACCUGAACGGACGGUGGGGGAGCGCCAGAGCCUGGACAGGCCUCAACUGGCGCAGUCUGACGGGAGACGACUCCGUGUCCUUCAGCGAGAUCAAGAUCCGGCCCUACAGUCGGGACUGACGGAUUCCUGGCUUGGACAAGUCCGUCUGCUCAUUCUGGGUUCACGUGGUCGUGUGUCUGUGUGUUUGUACAUGUUUGUGUGUCUGUGUGUUUGUGUGUUUGUGUGUCUGUGUGUUUGUGUGUUUGUGUGUCUGUGUGUUUGUGUGUUUGUGUGUUUGUGUGUCUGUGUGUUUGUUUAUGGUUUUGGUGUUCGUCAAAAAAUCGAAGUAACCAUGGCAGCAUCUCUUGGCAGUUUUGAGGCUUUUACUUCAUUCUAUUUUUUCGGCUCAAUUCCUAUUUUCAUCCUCUAAAAUACAUUUCUGGGUGGAUUUUACUUGAAAACGUUGAUUAAAGAUACAGAAAAAUGUAAAUGUUCAGUUUCCAUGGACUCUCGGGCAAAGGAAGUCAUCAAACAGUGGCAGCAAUUUUCUCGCCAAUUUUAUCUCUGAACCAGGCGACCCCCACCUCCUUCAAUCG